GGCGCCAUGAUCGCCCAGUCUCGCGCCGACCGCCACUGUGGACGGACGAUUGUUGUUUGUUAUAAUGCGAUCGGAAAAAUAAACUAGUUUUGCUUCGAACCGACCGGCUAUUCUGUGCGUUGUGGACAAAAACUGUUGUGAACGUGUUCUUUUAUCGAUUAAACCGUUCUGUAGCCGUUGACUUUAGUGGGAACAAAGGCUUAGUUUUAAGGUGAACGUACGUUGGAUCUCGAAAACAAGGUACCGUCAUACCGUUUGAUUGCUGUUUGCCAAUGCCAAUCGGAGAUUCAGAUACAAUUGGAGCGGACGAGGCACGCUGGCCGACAACCAUGAAUUAGAUAUCGCUCACAACGAUAUCAAACGGAUGCCGGUUUCCUGAAGAUGGCCUCACGCACCCCGUCCCUUGAGUCGCUGCCCGGUGCCAACUCUAUAGGUUCGCUGGAGCGUGGCUCCUUAUCGCCCCUGACCUUGAGCGGAUCCUCGCCCCCUGCGAGCGACUCCGCCGUAUGUGACCUCCGCGACUUCGACGGCCUCGACACCACCUGCGCAAUCUGCCGAGAGACAUUCGUCGACCCCAAAGUACUCAACUGUUUCCACACAUUCUGCCGCGGGUGUCUGGAACGCGAGCAAACCCACCCCGACAAAGUCACCUGCGUCACUUGUCGCGUAGACAGCCAACUCCCGGCCGCCGGUGUUCCCGGACUACUGACGAACCUCGUCAUCGCCGCUGCCGUCGAGCAGGACGCUGACCUUCUUCCCUCCGCUCGCCAGACGAGCUCGCCCUCAGCUCGCUGCACCGGCUGCAAGUCCAAGGAGUCCGACGCCGUCGCGCGCUGCGUCGACUGCGCCAACUUCCUCUGCCCCAACUGCGUCAUGGCACACCAAUUCAUGCACUGCUUCGAAGGCCACCGCGUGCUCGCCUUCACAGACUUGAAAGACGACAAAGGCAUGCUCGCCUCAACCCUCACUGCCAGCGGCGACAAGACUUCGUUUUGUCCCAGACACAAAAACGACAUCCUCAAAUACUUUUGCCGCACGUGCUCCGUGCCAGUGUGCAAAGAGUGCACCAUUAUAGAGCAUCCUGCCGCUUUGCACGAGUGCGAACACCUGUCCGACGCAGGCCCUAAACAACUGGAACUAAUGCAACAGGCGGUCAACGAAGCUAAAACGCGUGCGACGGAAAUAAGGCACGUCGUUAAAACGGUAGAACAUUCCGCGGGAAAAUUACAAGUACAAUACCACAAAGCUCAAAAUGAAAUAAACGAUACGUUCCAAUUCUACCGCUCUAUGUUAGAAGAGCGUAAACAAGAGUUACUCAAAGAGCUCGAAAGCGUGUUUUCGACAAAACAAAUCGCUCUCACCGUGGUCGGGCAGAAGGCCCAAGAAACGGUUGACAAGAUUUACCAAACGUGUGACUUCGUUGAGAAAUUGACAAAAUGUGCAAACAUUGCCGAGAUUUUAAUGUUUAGAAAAUUACUCGACACGAAAUUACAAUCUUUGAUGAGCACUAAUCCAGAACAGAGUGUCCAAACUGCUUGCGAACUUGAAUUCGUCUCAAACUAUCAAGCAAUACAAGUAGGUGUGAGAAACACAUUCGGAUACGUACGCUCAAGUUCCGAAGCGAACAUUGGUCCCACUAAACAACCGCCCAUUGCGCGUCCAACAAAUGGCUCUCUUUUAAACGGAGGUUCGUCCUCAAGCAGCAGCAGCGUUAAUGGAAGCUCUGGGAGUCUCAACGGCGGCAUUCAUCUCCCAACUGGACUCAACGGCGUAUUGGAUCGCCCAUACACCAAUGGAUUACUCGGCCCGGCUAGCCAGUCGACAUCUCCAUUCGAUUCAAACAUAAUAUCGAAAAGAUUUAAUAAUCCAAGCACGCUUGGACCGUUUUCUUCUGCCAUUGGGGACAUUAACUUGAACGGUAUAAACCCAUACGAGAAAUGGUCGAACGGUGGAUGUGACUCUCUUUUCCCGCCAGCGACCGCAGAUCCAUAUUCGCUGACGAGCGCUGCACAUAACGACCCUAUCCUCGAUUUGACAAACAAGCUGAUUUCCACAGCUAUUUUCCCCCCGAAAUCUCAAAUAAAGCGACAGAAGAUGAUUUACCACUGCAAAUUUGGUGAAUUCGGUGUUAUGGAAGGCCAGUUCACCGAACCCAGUGGAGUAGCCGUCAAUGCUCAAAACGAUAUAAUUGUCGCCGACACAAAUAAUCACAGAAUACAGAUAUUCGACAAAGAAGGCCGUUUUAAAUUUCAAUUCGGUGAGUGCGGAAAGCGCGACGGCCAGCUUUUAUACCCGAACAGAGUAGCCGUAGUACGCACUUCAGGUGACAUUAUCGUAACGGAAAGAUCACCGACGCACCAGAUACAAAUAUACAACCAGUACGGUCAAUUUGUGAGGAAAUUCGGCGCUAACAUUCUUCAACAUCCGCGCGGAGUCACAGUCGACAACAAAGGGCGAAUCGUCGUCGUCGAAUGUAAAGUGAUGCGCGUCAUUAUUUUUGACCAAGUCGGUAACGUUUUACAGAAAUUCGGCUGUUCAAAGCACCUGGAAUUCCCUAACGGAGUUGUGGUUAACGACAAACAGGAGAUAUUCAUCAGUGACAACCGAGCGCAUUGCGUCAAAGUUUUCAACUACGAGGGCAUUUAUUUGCGUCAAAUCGGUGGGGAAGGCGUAACCAACUAUCCAAUCGGCGUAGGGAUUAACGCCGCUGGAGACAUCCUCAUUGCUGACAACCAUAAUAACUUCAACUUGACGAUAUUCACGCAAGACGGCCAGCUGGUGUCAGCGCUGGAGAGCAAGGUGAAGCACGCGCAGUGCUUCGACGUGGCGCUGAUGGAUGACGGCUCGGUGGUGCUGGCCAGCAAAGACUACAGGCUGUACAUCUAUCGCUACGUGCAAGUGCCGCCCAUAGGCAUGUGAGCCUCCCGUGGGGAUCACAGGAGAUCAGAAUGACCGACGAACUGCAAGCCAAAAUUCGACACUCGAAAACGUAAAUAACUCCUAAAUGAUGUAAUAUUCUAACCGAAAGUGUCAAUUGGAAACUAGCUGAAGUGAUGACGCGAUGACAAAUGGAACUUAUAAGGUUUUGUGCAUGUGGUACGGAAGCGGCUGGCUCGGUGUGAUCGAUGAACUCUCUGCGAGGAUCUGUCGAGUUCCAGCGCGAAAACUGAUUACAUAAUGUCUUGACGAAACUGUAAUGAGAUUAGCUGUAGUAUUGACACUGUUAUAAUGAGUACCUAUUUGAAGAGUAGAGAUUAUUCCGUUGGCUCGAUCCAGUAAAACGAAAGGUUCUCGACCCUUAUCAUUUUUUGAUCUAUUGAAUAAUAUUUUUUCAUAUCCCACAUCGUUAAAUUAGGGAUGAAUAUUAAGGGCGUUUGUAUUAUUUAGCCCAUUUGUUGGACCAAUAUUUUAACUAUUAUUACUUAAAAAUUGUUAGGCAUUAAGCGUGUGAUUUUAUUGUAAUAAGAGAGCAUCGAGCGGUAUUGUUGUUAGUUUUAAGUAUAUUCUUCGGCACAAUUGCACUUCCUGUUUUUAAUUAGCACUUAUUCUGUGUCGAUGGAAACAUGAUUAUGAAACUAAGUAAGAAGUUGUUACAUUAUUAUUAGGUAAGUGUUAAAUUGAUUGAGCUAAUAUGGACAAUCUUAAGUUACUACCCAUUUUGAUGUAGUUGCAAAAUUAUUAGGGAAAUGUGAUGUUAGGGGUUUUAUCAAUGACAAAGUUGACUGCGGCGUUCCUUACGCAUACGAUGGCUCAUUAGAAGACGAAUAAUGAGGUCGCAUCGUUAAGUAAACUGAAUUACAUGCAGCAUCACAAAGUGGCAAGUGAUCGCAAAUGUUUUAUAACCCUCAACCAGUUUCCAGAAGAUUAAGUUACGCCGGUCUUUUGACUAAGAUAACCUUGAGUAUUAUAAAGCAUUUUAGACUAACUGAUAGCGAUGAUUAUUAGAUUAAUUCUUGAACUAUCGGAUAAUAGGGUAGUUUCCUGUUUGAUUUAGUGCAUUGUUUUACGCGCAUAGCAAAUACUUGCAUAUAUUUGUAACAAAGACCUUGAACCUGAACCAUCAUGUUCAAACGACAUCAAUAUUUCUGUGAAAUGAGAAAGGAAAUCGAAUUUUUAAAUUACGGACGAAUAUUCGCACUUAACGCAUGAAGUGAUAUCACGCCUUGCGUCGUGUACUGUUUUCUGUCAAUCGACAAUUACUCCAGCUCUUUAAAACUUGCCAAAAGCUUAACAAACGCUUCUACCUUUUUUAGUUAAAAAACUGUCUCCUUUCUGUUUUGGACAACUUUCUAAUAAAGCAAAUCGAAUAGACUACCCUAUUGUUGGAAGACAGUUUCCUUCAUCUCGACCGCUGACGUCAUUACCGCCUAGUCACUGAGAGCCCACGGAUCCAUAAAUUCCUCAAAUACGUUGUUUUAUUUUAACAAUUAGUAACUUUUGGUUGAUAAUAAUUAAUAUUGUUCGUUUUUAUACAAUUCUUAAGUAAGUAUUUUGAUGUUUUUUUUUUAGUAAUUGGACACGGUAGUAACUAGCUGAGCACUUUAGCCUAUGGUCGUCUCGCUAGACUUUAUUACUGAUAUUUUACUGAGAUUCUAAGACGUUAGGGCACCAUGCGAUUGCGCUGUUAGCAUUUUACUACUUAUUAGAGUAUUAUAGUUUGCUCGGUAUACAAAAUAAUUAUACAAUUUGUUAUUCUGGUAAGAUAUUUUUAUAUGGAAACAACUUUAUUUUUGUAGCAGUAGUAUUAUACGGUGCAUGUGUAACGUUUACUUUCUUUUGUAUUUUAUGAAUAUUAUUACGCUAUUAUUAUUUCUUUAAUUACAAUGCAGUGUGUUUGAGUGUGUUAGCAGAAUUAUUUUAGUUUGAUUUCAUUAGUUUUGAUUUUUUUUAGUGAAUAAUUAUUAUUUUAGUGUUUUUUUUUUAUUUGCUGAAUCUAUGACAAUAAAAAGAUCUGACACGAUCCACGCUCUACUCGUAGGUAUCGAUGAGAUCCUUUUUUUAAUUAUUGAUCUGCAUAAGUUUAAUUUUUUAUUUGCGUAACGAUUUGGUGAUAUUCCUACGUUCUUAAUUAAAAUAUCUCAUUUUUAUAUAUUUAUACGAAGAGCGUAUUGAAGCCACGUCGGUCUUUCGCAGCCGGUUACACCAAUAGUUCGCUUGCAUACCUGCGUAACAUGUGCCAUAAAACCAUGUUGUGAUUUAAUAAGUGAUAUUUAGUGUUGUUUGUAAAUAUGUACCAUAAUCUCCUGAUUUAUUGAAUUUAAUCGUAAGUUAAUCCACCCGAUACUCUUCGAAGAUUUCACGUGUUCCAAUUGUUAGUGCGAAGUGAUACCACAAAACAUUUCAAUGAUUGUAUCAUUUAUAAUGUGACGAAUGAAUUUAUUGUUACUAUUUUUUUGUUGACUCUUUAUGAAUUACAAUAGUUUCCUUUACGUUAAGUUGCUGAUUACUUGCGCUAACCGUUGAACGUUUAAAGUCAACAUUAUCGAUGAUUUUAUAUUCUUUGCAUUUUGCAACCUAUGGCGUCUCGCGCUGCCUAUCGUACAGACGUGGCUUCGAUCGCUAGUUUAUUGAUCAGUAGAACCACUAGAUUAGGUGAAGUAGAAUUUAUUGUCCAGUCCUUAGUAUCCAAAUUUCAGUGAUGAAUCGCCAAUGAUUUUAUGUAUAGACUACCCUGUUCCUAGUAAAUUAUUGUCUUUCGUAAGAUCGGAUAAAAUGUUGUAUUUCACUUAAUCUACUGUGAUAUAAAGUAAAUUGUUUGUAAGCUAUGUAAUGUUUGAUUUUUUUUUGCCAUCGCAAUGUCUGCUUCACUUCAGAUUGUUUGGGCGUAUGUAGCACUGGAAUCCACUUUCAAUUUGAAAGUGUUCACAUGAUUUUCAUCACUGCAUUUGGUGUCAGUGGCUACAUCGUCCUUAGAAUCUGAUGUUAUGCCGGAAACAUCGGGGCUAAUUACUUAGAAUUUACAACCCAAAAUAUCAUUCGUUGUUUGCAAUUGUUUGUCUUCAACGAGUGUUUCAAUUUUGGUCAAAACAUACGCUUUUACUUAACUGAAAACUUUCAACGUAUUAUAUUUAUACUAAGUACCUAUAGCAUAGUGUAUCGAAAUUCUAUGUAAGGAUGUGCAACUUAUGACAACUGCUCCAUUCGUUUUUAUUAUUAUCUGUAAUCCAAUUAUUUUUGUUUUUAUCACUUGCAGUAAUUAUUAUUAGUUAUUUACCUGUAAAGGUGGCAGGUGUAAAUUUUUGUUUGAUUUAUUAUUCACACAAUUACCUUUUUGCAUAAUAUAUUAAGUAGUAUUUUUAUAUUAUGAAAAACAAUUCAUUCUUAAAAUUGCAUUUCUAAAGCUCGAGGACUGAUUAAAUUUGAAAUAUGUUUUGUCUUUAAAUAUAUUUUGUCGAUGUUUGUUGUUAUAACUAUUAUAUUUUUUUAAUUAUUUGUAUAAACAAUUGUUCUUUAAAUUAAUGUACGUCGUUUUGUUUUGAAUUAUUUUUGUUGUAUACUUGCUUUUUUAUAAUAAUACCAGUUCAUUGCAGUUA